AUGUCUUCUCUGCUAGACAAUGUAGUCAGACCUUCUGCUGUCACUUUGCAGCUGUCUGUGGUGCUCGGUGUCAUUUUUGUGCUCCUGAAGGUGGCACAGUUCUACCAGGAGAGGAAGAAACUCACCAAAGCUAUGGAGGCGUUCCCUGGUCCCCCAAAACACUGGUUCUAUGGACACAAUCACCUGAUAGUUGUUGAUAAAAUAUUAUAUCAGCUUGUGUCAUGGGCAGAAGAAUACCCCUAUGCCUUUACCAGAUGGUUAGGACCAGUCGUGCCCACUCUAAUAGUCCACCAUCCUGAAUAUGCCAAAACCAUACUUGGACAAACAGAUAGCAAGCCCAGUGUCCCCUACAAAUUCAUAGUUCCCUGGAUUGGGAAGGGGCUGUUGAUCUCGAGUGGAGCCAAAUGGUUCCAGCACCGGAAGAUGCUUACCCCAGCCUUUCAUUAUGAUGUGCUGAAAUCUUAUGCACCUAUGGUGUCAGAUUCAGUCAAAGUCAUGCUGGAUAAGUGGGAAAAGAAGAGCACAGAGGGUAAGUCAGUAGAGCUCUUUCAAGAUAUUAGCUUGAUGACACUGGACAGCAUCAUGAAAUGUGCCUUCAGUUAUAAUAGCAACUGUCAGACUCAGAGCAACUCAGACUAUUAUAUCAGAGCUGUUUUUGACCUGAGCUACCUUGUGAGUGAGAGAAUCCGGAAUUUAUCUUACAAGGAUGUCUUCUACAACUUGACUCGCAAGGGCCAUGAGUUUCAGGAUGCCUGCAAGGUGGCCCAUAGCCACACAGAUAAGGUAAUAAAAGAAAGAAAGAUGUUGCUCGCCAAUGAGAAGGAACUUGACAAGAUCCAGAAGAAGAGACACCUGGAUUUUCUGGACAUUCUUCUUUGUGCCAAGGAUGCCAAUGGAGUUGGGCUAUCCGAUGAGGAUCUGCGGGCUGAGGUGGACACAUUCAUGUUUGCUGGUCAUGAUACCACGGCCAGUGGUAUCUCCUGGCUCUUCUAUUGUCUGUCAAUACAUCCAGAGCACCAGCAACUGUGCAGGCAGGAGAUCCAGGAGAUUUUGGGAAACCGAGAUACCAUUGAGUGGGAGGACCUUGGGAAGAUGACUUACUCCACAAUGUGCAUCAAAGAGAGCUUGCGCCUGUUCCCACCGGUUCCUGCCGUGUCCCGAUACCUCUCUAAACCUAUCACGUUCUUCGACGGACGCAGCUUGCCAGCGGGCUGCCAGGUUUCCGUGAGCAUUUUUAGCAUUCACAGGAACCGGGAUGUGUGGAAGAACCCUGAGGUUUAUGAUCCCCUGAGGUUUUCUCCAGAGAACUCAACACAGAGGCACUCCCAUGCUUUCCUGCCUUUCUCUGCUGGAUCCAGGAACUGCAUCGGGCAGCAGUUUGCCAUGAACGAGAUGAAGGUGGCUCUGGCCCUGACUCUGCUCCGCUUUGAGCUCUGCCCUGACCCAUCCAGGCCUCCCACACUCAUACCACAGAUGAUCCUCAGGUCCAGCAAUGGGAUCCACCUGCAUUUGAAGAAGAUUCACUGACCCUGUGGGGUACCAUGGUGAGAGGCAAGCACUUUUCAAGGACUAUGCUUCACCCAGGAUUUUAAGAGUGUAACACCAGACUCACCCUGGCCACCUUGGACCUCUCUCACAUUAAUCUCUCUCCAUGCUGCCAGCCAGAGGGGUGUGCUGAGCUCCCUCAGACACACACCAAACUCAGCAGGUCUAGGUCCCAUCUUUGCACAGGGAACAACACUGCCAAGGGGGUUUUGCAACACAUCUGUGUCUCAGCCUCCAUCUCCACGGGCAUCCUGUGUGUCCUACUCAUCUCCUCGCCUCCAACCUACCCUUGAAUACUGCUGGGCAAGACUUUUGUCCCCUGCCUGUAUAUUUUCAGUGUUGCCAGCUUCCUGCUCAGGCACAGGUAUGAACAAUGCCAGUGUGGUUUGCACGGGUGUCUAAAGCCUGGACACUGUCAGAGCAGGAUGUCCCUCCCUUGCCUCCAGCCUGGGUGUACUAGGGCAGGAGGACUUGCUCCUCCCUGCAGCCACAUGACAUCCUCACACACCACCCUCAAAUUAUUUACCCUAAUCCAUCCUGGGGCUGGCACUGUGCCCACCAUUAUGGAGACAAAUUCCAGUGGUUUUUUCUGCCCCAGAAAUGAACUUCCUUGAGCUAAGGGUGCAUAGGCGCAGAGACAUGUCACCAGCUAACCUGGAGAAAGCAUUCACUGCCCUCAAAACAGUCUGUAAUCAGCCUUGUCCUCCUCUUCUCUCUGAAAUGAGAAUAAAGCCCUGUGGAGAUGCUCCCCAGGCAUGUCUGGACCUUCCUUUGCAUUUGGGGACCAUAGGGAUACAGGAUAAGUCCUGACAACCCAGAGGCAAGGCAGAUGGUGCAGCCCUUCGAGUGUUUUCUGAAGCCUCAAGGGCUGGUCCAGCAGCUUUACCUCCCUCCAGCCCCCAAUGAGCCUGAUGAGCCUGUUUCCACCCUUCCCACACCAUAGGUCACCAUUCACUCACCUCUGCCUCCAGGAGUUUCUGUGGUAAAGAAACAACUGAAAUCGUCUGGGGUCAAACAAAGCAUGUGCUGGUGGCAAGAGCAAAACCAGAUUGGGGGAAAAAAAAAGGAAAAAAAAAGUCUGAAGAGGGAUCAUGAGUCCAAUUCAAGUCCUUUUUUUGCUGAUGCUGAGAACUGACCACUCAAUACACGACUGGGAUGCUCAAGGGGUGUGAGUGGGCACUGGCUCUGUGGCCAGACUUGGUUUGGGUGCACAGGGACCACUGCAGUCCCUCACCCCACCACAGGCUAAGAGGGACCAUCUCGGUGAGCUGCCAGGUCCGAGGUGGGAAAUACAUCACUAGGUGGCAGUGAGAGGCCCAGAAAAACCCGGAGUUCUCCCUGGUCCCUGGCAGAAUCCCUUAGGCUUGGCAGGGAGCAUGGCAAGCCCCAGUGGGACAGCUGAUGGGCUCUACCCCUAGAGGCACCCCCAUUGCCAUCACCCUUGACAUCACAAAGCACCCACAGCCGUGCAGGGCAGCAGAGCUGGCACUGCUCCA